AUGUCUGCUGUCGAAACAAUCACUCGGCCUACACAGCCCGAUAUUGAGUAUCACCCCGACUUCGCAAAAUACCAGGAGCGAACACGUCUUCGACUUGAAUCUGGAAAUCUUCAAACCGAUGUGCCGACUGGAUUUCCGUCCCAGCUUAUUUCUCCUCUUGUUUGGGAAGGAAAGGAUAUUGAAAAGCGGAUUGACUGGGCUUACCAAUUGAAUGAUAGCCAGCUUGAUGAGAUCGAUGCCGCCUUGCAUAGUUUCAAGGCCCUCAACAAGCCGCUCGGGAACAUCAAUCAGCUCACGUUCCCUUUGCCAAGCCUUCAUCCAGUCCUGAGAGAUCUUUCUAAAGAAAUUCACAAUGGCCGGGGAUUCUUUGUAUUAAGGGGACUGUGUAUCGACAGCUAUUCCCGAGAAGACAAUAUCAUCAUCUACACCGGUGUUUCGUCCCAUAUUGGAAGCAUUCGUGGUCGCCAACAGGACACGCGACUUCAGAAUGGAACUUCCCCGGUGAUAUCGCAUAUUAAGGACAUCAGCAACACCGUUGAGAGGGAGAAAAUUGGUGCACCUUCUAAUACAGCUGAUAAGCAAGUUUUUCAUACAGACGCAGGGGAUAUAAUCUCUCUUCUUUGUCUGAGUCCUGCGGCCGAGGGUGGUGAAAGCUAUCUUUCCAGUAGCUGGAAUGUCUAUAAUAUUUUGGCAAAGGAGAGACCUGAUAUCCUCCACAUUUUAUCUCAGGAUUGGCCAGUUGAUGGAUUCAACAAUCCAAACAAACCAUACACUCUUCGGCCUCUUUUAUACCACCAGCCAGCUACUGAAAGUACCCCCGAGCGUGUGCUUAUCCAGUAUGCCAGGCGUUAUUUUACAGGCUUCAAGGCCCAGCCUCGGUCGGCUGAUAUCCCUCCAAUCACGGAAGCCCAAGCAGAGGCACUCGAUGCACUGCAUUUUCUAGCAGAGGAGCACAGAGCGUCCUUGGACUUCCAGAAGGGCGAUAUUCAAUACGCCAACAAUCUUAGUAUAUUCCAUGCUCGUAAUGGAUUUAAAGAUGUGCCUGGAAAAGAGCGACAUUUGCUCCGACUUUGGCUACGCGACCCAGAAAACGCCUGGGAAACUCCGGAACCACUUCAGCACCGUUGGGAUACGGUUUAUAAAGAUGUAACCGAGGAUGAACAAGUAUUUCCUCUGGAGCCGAUUCUUCGAAAGAAUGUGGGUUCUUAA